AUGGCCCUGCGCACUGGGACGGCUUGGUUUGGGCAGGUCCUGCGCAGAGUUUCCCGGCUUCAGGGCACCUGGUCCCGGCGCUCCAGCAGCCUCCUGUGCCUCUCUUCCUCGCAGGAGUCCGAGCAGGCGGGCGGAGAGCGGCCGCCGCCGCAGCACAAGCUGCCCCGGAGCAGCGGCAGCGGCGGCGGCGGCGGGCGCCGCCAGCCCCCCCGGCGGCUGCUCCCCUGCUGUGGCUGUUGCGGCCUGUCGGAUCCCCGGGCGGCCAGGGGGGGACAUGGUCCCCUCACUCGCCCCUUGCUGGCGGCCAUGAAGAGGCAGAACGUGCGGACCCUGUCCCUUAUCAUCUGCACGUUCACCUACCUGCUGGUCGGGGCUGCCGUCUUUGAUGCCCUGGAGUCCGACAACGAGAUGCGGGAGGAGGAGAAACUCAAAGCCGAGGAGAUCCGGCUCAAAGGAAAGUACAACAUCACCAGCGAGGACUACCGGCAGCUGGAGUUGGUGAUCAUGCAGUCCGAGCCGCACCGAGCCGGAGUCCAGUGGAAAUUCGCCGGCUCCUUCUACUUUGCCAUCACGGUCAUCACGACCAUCGGUUACGGACAUGCUGCCCCAGGGACGGACGCGGGGAAGGCCUUUUGCAUGUUCUACGCGGUCCUGGGGAUCCCACUGACACUCGUCAUGUUCCAGAGCCUGGGCGAGCGCAUGAACACCUUUGUCAAGUACCUCUUGAAACGCAUCAAAAAGUGCUGUGGGAUGAGGAGCACCGAGGUCUCCAUGGAAAACAUGGUCACUGUGGGUUUCUUCUCCUGCAUGGGGACACUCUGCAUUGGAGCAGCAGCCUUUUCCCAGUAUGAGGAAUGGAGCUUUUUCCAUGCUUACUAUUACUGCUUUAUAACAUUGACUACGAUAGGGUUUGGAGACUAUGUGGCCCUGCAGACCAAAGGGGCCCUUCAAAAGAAGCCUCUCUACGUGGCUUUUAGCUUUAUGUACAUUCUAGUGGGGUUGACAGUCAUUGGGGCAUUUCUAAAUCUGGUUGUUCUCAGGUUCUUGACCAUGAACAGUGAGGAUGAGAGGCGGGAUGCUGAGGAACGGGCGUCCCUGGCAGGGAACCGCAACAGCAUGAUUAUCCACAUCCAAGAGGACUCCCAGCAUGGUCGGCCACGGUACAAGGCCGAAGUAACAGACCUUCAGUCAGUUUGUUCCUGCAUGUGUUACAGGUCCCACGAGUACACCAGCCGGGUGGUGUCCCACCAAAAUUCUUUCAGCUCAAAGCUGAACCCCCAGUACUUUCACUCCAUCUCUUACAAGAUAGAGGAGAUCUCGCCAAGCACAUUAAAAAACAGCCUUUUCCCAUCUCCUGUCAGCUCCAUCUCACCUGGGUUGCACAGCUUUACAGAUAACCACAGGCUGAUGAAACGGCGAAAGUCCAUUUAAAGGGAUUUGUCUUUUGCUUUCUUUGUUUUCCCCAGUUCUUCUCUGUUGUUUUGGGUUUUUUUGUUCCUUGAGUGAGACAGAGUGAGGCCAAAGGGAGUAGAGCAAGCCAAUCCUCCUCUGAGACUCAGCUCUUGAGCAUGAAGCAUGGAUUAUUACUGUUCCAGCAAAGUAUGCCUUACAUUACCCCCUCGGUGGAUGUCAGAGGAUUCAAGGUGACGUGAAGUGGGUACCAAAUCCAAAGUUGCACACACAGCUGGGAGCCUUCAUGUGCCACUGGCACUCCUGACCUAACAAACUUUUUUUCCUCACGAGCAGGUUGCAGUGUGGGUGUGUGCUUUGCGUAUGUGUCGGGUGUGCGUGUGUGUGUGUGUGUGUGCAAUUCCACAACUAGUGCCAUGUGACAAAAAUUAAAGCAUCAGGUAUUAUUUUUUUUUUUUUUUGCCCUUGAAGCAAUUGUGUUCCAGCCUGCUUUUUAGAUUGCUUCCAAAAACGAACAGGGAGGGUGGGAGGGGAGCCAAUUUGUUUUGGGUUUUUUUUGCCAAGACGAGCAUGCGCCAUAAGCAGUCAAUAUACCAGAUGUAUCAUGAUAAAUUUUUUAAUGCUAGAUUUUAGAUUGUAUUAACAUUUAAAAAAGGCAGGAAAAGAUGGAUCAUUUUAGCUUGCCAGUUCAAAAUUAAAAAAAAAAAAUAAAGCAUGCACUUUGUAAAACUGGUAUGCAUAAUAAAACACAAGAAAAACUAGCAAUGGAAUUAAUAAUCAAAAGCAAAUAAUCCUAUUGAUUUAACUAUAUUUAAUUUUAAAAUUUUCAACUGUUCCAACAAUUUGAAAGUGGAAUUUUUAAGAUAAAUUGGGAGAAUUGUUGGAACAAAAGAGUGUAUUUUGUUAUUUUAAUUUUAUUUAUAAAUUAUUAUUAUUAUUAUUAUUAUUAUUAUUAUUAUUAUUAUUAUUAUUAUUUUGUGCAGCAAUUACCUGCAUGAAUAGGAAUUAUAUUUUUUGGAAUGCUUGGUUAAGAUGGGUAUAAAUAGGAGGAUGUAUAUUUUUUCUUAUAUAAUAGUGACAGGGCAUUCCUUGUUUUAAAUAAAAACUGAAGAUGAUUGUCUCUAAAUGCUUUUGAUUUGUAAAUAAUGGAAAGCCUUUGUUGGUCUCAGGAAGAAUUCAAGGGACAGUAUCUUGUGUUUGGCUCACUGGGAACAUGUGAGAUUAGAUGUGACAUUGCUUUUUUUGCUAGGCAAAGGCAAAAUGCAUUUAGCAGUAAUGGGUAAAAAUAGCUUUACUCUAGUGUUUGGAGGGUAACAGUGGGAGUGGUUGCCUUGGCAAGUUGUGGUGGAGGAUGUUGAGACCAUGUUUGUAGAGCUGUUCCUUGGACAUUGUCCAUCUCUCGGUUGUUCAUCUGGACCAAACAGACUUUAUAGAACUGAAUUAGAGGCCUAAUCCAGCUCCCCUUUAAAACAAUAGGAAUUUGCAAUGAUUACAUGGGAUUUAGUGCUUUUGGAGAUUUAUCUUUGAUUUUAAAAGGGUAGGACUGGGAGUUUUAUAAACCUGCACCUUUGUCUCUGAUUUAAUUCUAUCUUUUGAAUUGCCUUCUAUGUUAAUUUGCCAUACAAACCCCAUCUCUUUUUGGCACUAAUCACUUACUACCGAUUCUACCAUUUCGUGCUCUCAGUGUAAAAGCAAUAAUCCUUUUUUUUACCCUUAAAACUAGAUGGUGUGUGCACAGCUCUGAGCUCUGUGUGCUGAUGGAUGUUGAUAUCCUUUCAAAGAGGAACCUAUAAGGAGUAUUAAUAGGGAGAAAUAAGGAAUGUCCUCCUCUAUUCUCUUCUACUUGGCUUUAAAUUAUUAACUAUCAAAUAUGUUCAUGUUCUUCACGUCUGCCUUUCAACAAGUAAAUGAAAAGCAAGUUAUCCAUGACUUUGACUCCUCUAUGCAGCUUCCUUUGGGCUUAGAAAUUGCUGUGGCAUGAAAUCCUCCAUUAAGGUUAGUGAAGAAACAUCUUAGGAUUCUUAAUGAGGAUCGAUGAGGAUGGACUUCUUCAGAGUAAUGUGUGGGGCAUGCUGGGGGCAUUAAUGCUGUGCUGCCAGUACCGUGUCCUAAGGCAAAUGCUCAUGGCAAAAGGAUUGAAGCAAACAUACCUAAAAAACCAGUUUCAGGAUGUGUUAAACCCCCUCUAGUGUUUGCUACCUAGAAGCUGGUUCCUGUGAGAGUAGCCCACGGGGUUCACAGUGCUCUCCAAAUUCACUUGCUUCAUCUUUGCCUGUGUCAUCCCUGAAGUGCAAAUAAAUGCAGAUCUUUUUUGCUGCUAUGGAGAUAAGAAAACAAAUGCCUGGAAUUUAGACAUCUAUAUCUUGUGUCAGGUGGAAUUCUGUCUGCCUGGCAAAGGAGAAUUUUUGUAACAGGACUUUUAGUGAAACCUUUAAACAGAAAAAAAGCAGUUUCAUCUUAUAAAACAUUGGUUAACCUUUUUUCUCUUUUCCUUUAAGAAGAAAUCGCUAUUUCUGCCGCAUGUAAAAAUAGUCUUUAAAUGUCCUGUAAAUCAUGUUCAAAACUUCACAUACAUUAUUUGAUUUGUUACUAAAUCUUCCCUCUGGAACCACAUAUGAAGAGUAAAUUUUAAUACAUGGGGUAUUUAACCAGGGGAGAAACUUACCUCAGCAUGUCGUGGGUUAUCUACCACUUAGACUCUUUACAUUAAAACUCAGUGGCUUUAUAAUAGCUCUGCUUUAGCUUAGUUGAAGUUUAUAGAAGUAGUUGAAGAAAUCUGUGUAUGUUGAUAUGAAGGAGCCAGAGUAGAUGUCCAUAGCCAUACUUUUAAGUCUAAAAGCUGUAAUGAGUGUGUAUGUGGGAAAGUGUUUUGCCUGAAUGUAUCUGCAUUCCUUGUAUAAAGUUCUGGGAUUUUCAAAUAAUUUUUUUAUUUUUAUUUUCUGACUGAAGAGCCCACAGUUCUGUCCAAUCUGUUCUUUUGUAACACAUAGGAUUUUGAAGUGGCAUAGAAACUCCUUUACAAGGAGACUCCUGCAGGACUUUGCUUUGUGAGCAGCCAGAGGCACAAGAACUCAGUAGACAUCACACUGUAAACAUCAGUACACCAGGCAAAAUAUGUCUUUCUCUUUAGUCAUUUUCGUGGCUCUUGACUGAUGUGUGAAUACUGACUUGGUCUGUCUGGAACUGGAACAGACAUCAUCAUGAAAGGGAAGCUUUCACCCCAGGUUAAUCCCAGUUUUUCAGUUAGACAUGAAAAAUCAGUCAGUGAAAGGUGAGUUGACUUUUGUCAAUUCCAUCUGUGACUCCUUAUUGCCCUGUAUGAAUAACAGUUUUCUUCCCACAACACUGUUUUUCACAGAAUAUUUAGUAUCUGAUUUAUUUUACUCCAUUUAAGACACUAUUUCUUUCAGAACAACUUCUCUUGCUCGCUACUCACUCCUUUGAAACUCAGCUAGAAGCAGGUAGUAGUGGUGCUGCUUAUGACUAGACAUCCUAAUGUCUGCUAUCACUUUGUGAUGCACUCUCAUUCCCCAGAGUCUCAUUUCCCCUACCCUUCUCUAUUAUUAAGCAUUAGAAAUAAUAAUAAUAAAUCAGAUUAGUCUAUUUGUGUCACACUAACGUGCUCUUCAUCAAAACAACACAAAUUUAGCUCCCUGCUGUCGACUUUGAUUAUAUAACAACCCUAUUAUCCUAUCAUAUUUCAUAUUAUCAUCAAAGGGAAAAAUCAGUUUGAUCAGUGAAGCACCAAAAUAGCUUUGACUGAGCAUGCUGUGGUAUGAGAAGGAAAGAGGAAACUUAACAGAACAAUGCAGGCACGAGUCUCCACUUGGUCUUCAUUACUGUGUAAGGGAGAUCCUGACUGAUCUAAGUGGCACUGCUUUGCCAGAACUUUAUACAUGUAUCUGCUUUACAGGGAUGACUGUAAUGGGACAGCUUAGAAAGUGUGUGUGGAUGCUACUUCAAGAGUCCAAAAUAGCUUCUAGGUAAUGAAUGGAGAAACGUACAGUGACCUUCAGCAAUAGCCUUCUGUUUGAACUCCUCUGUAACAACUCAUUAGGACAAAAUAGACAUCAUAAAAAAAAGAAAAAAGAAACGAAAAAGAAAAGAGGGAAGUAACCAAAUUAAUCUACUCUAUUGUACGUUUUCUCAUUAGUUUCCUAGUGGUUUAAUCAACGAAAUGCCAGGGCAGUAAUCAAGAUUAUUGUGAAUCAGACCUAAGCAAAGUAAUUCCUUGUUUUCUCUGACAGAUUUGAAAGUUUUUAUUACAGAAAAAAAAGCUUGAUUUGUUGCUGAAAGCUUAAAAAAAAAAAAAAGCAGUCAGUGGAACCAAGGUGGAGAACAAAAAUGUUCCAGAGCUAUUUGGUGUGUACAGACCAGAGGGCAGGGGCUUGGGUGGAAGUAGCUUUUAGCUGAAGUUUAUGUCCUCAUUUAACUUUAUGUAAUAUUCCUGUUCAUAUUAGGAUCUAAUUAAGACAGUCAUUGAAAAUCUUUAUGAGGAAGCGGGAUGAGAGAGAUGUGUUGGAGUGUGUCCAUUACACUAAUGUUAUGGACUUUUUCAUGCAUAUUUCAGCAAGACACUAUUACUGACUGGAGUAUUGCACAAAUUACAAUGAGAAUCACACCACUGCUACUUCCAUCAGCCAAAGAUAUGUAACACUCGGAGAACUGAGAAAGGAAAUAUUGCCUUUCUGACCAGUCUGCCUGUCAUCUAACUCUGAUAUAAAACUUUGUUUUGGGUACUUCAGCAAGAUAAAGCAUUUGAAAAGGAAUAGCCAUCAUAACGAUUCACCAAAAUUGAAACAAAUGGAAUGAUGACAUCGGACACAGAGAAAUUGAUUACAGAUGGCAGGUGCCCUGGGACUCCUAUGCUAGUUAAUCUGAGCUCAGAAGCUGAAUUAAACCCAAGAAAAACUGAUGGAACUCUUUGCCAAAAUGCAGUUUUCAGUUAUUUAAGGUGCGUAUAAUGAAUAUGGUAAAGGAAUAUUCACCCAAAAAAAGUAGUAGGAAGGCAAAAAGAAAAUUGGGAAAAAAGAAAUUGUUCUCAACAGCAGAAGUAGUUUUGUUAUUUCCAGUUGAAACUGCUGUGAGAUGAUGCUGAAGAACUGUUACGCUUUCAUCUGUGUAGAAUCAGUCUGGGAGAUUGACUGUCCUCUUCUCAGUCCAGGCCGACACCAGUGUUCCACUGACUGCUGCUGAUAAGAUUCGUGGAGUUCCUGAUUCUCCAAUCAGGUUUUUGAUGCCACCUCCACUGAAACCAAGAUUUUAUUCAGCCAGUCCCUCCUGAGCAGUGCUGAUCUCUGGGAUGUGUUAUGUUAAUGAUGCUAUUUCCUCUUCCUGGUGCUCCCAAGUGCAAGAGCUCAGUAGGACAUAAGCAAACUCAUUCCUUAUCUAAAGCCUGCUGUGGCAGAGCCUUCCUCUGAAGCCAAUUGAUUUGGUGCAAUGCAAUGAAUCCUGAUUUGUGUCCUUUUACUGAAACUGAAAAAUUUUCUAUUUACUAUUAGAUACGGUGUCAGUGUCUCCAACUGCUGCUCACCAUGUUUCCUAAACCUAAGGGAGAGUAAUAAGACCUAAAAACAACAGUCAACCUGUAUAAUUUAUGCAGCUGUAUUUUGUGUUAUGGAUUCCAGUCAUUCAAAGCUGCCUGCUAAUUUUAGGCUGAAAAUUGUAUCCCUGGAGCCUUCAGCCUUCAUUUGUCUCUCCUUCUGUGAAUAUUGUAAUUAAUAAAUAUCCCAAAGCCCUCCUUCACCUUGCUUUCUGCGAGUGUAAGGAGUGCUGCCAUGCAUUAACACACACAACAGCCUGGGAAAAAAAAGGGGGUGGCGGGGGAAAGAUUAAUGCUUCAAUUUUAUUGGUAAUUAAUAUUCACAGUUCCAAGAUGAGUUGUCUUUUAGUUCACUUUGAGAAAUGUAGAGCAAACAACAGGAUGAUAACAUUUAUCAUAGCUGGUGAAUUCACAAGUGGAGCUGGCAAAUACAAUAAUUGAAACUAUGCUCUAUAAUGCAUCUUCCUCAUGCAUGAGUUCUGAUACCACUAGCCUGGCUUUGAUUCAUUGUUUAUCUGGUCUGUGGAACAGCUUGCAGUAAUUGCUGUAUCCAGAGCAUUAUACUUGAGGCUAGAAGAGAGAUCCAUUUCACAGACAGCCACCCUCUGGCUUUCUCCAUAUUCCCUCCCCGCUUUCUACCCAGACAUUAACUCAUUAGCUUGCCAUUUCAUGGACGUAUGUUCAGACCCCAGAUCACCACAUUCUGUAUUCUCCCCCCUCCUCUAUUAGGGAAAAGCAGUAUGCUACAGAACUACACCCUGGGGAAGGAAAUGUUCCACUCUAAUUACUACUGACAAAAGAAAUCUACAGAUUGAUUAAAAACAAUAUGUGAGGAGUUAAAUAGGAAAUGUGAUGUGCAUAGACCUGCGCGGGUGAGAUCCACUUCUUCCGUGGCUGGAAUGCAACGCAUUAGGCUGUGAGGAGAACUUUGGAGUGUGGUUUUUUUUGGAGCAGGCCAUUGGGAGAAUGGCCAGGAAGAGUCAGAGUGGUUUGGCUUAUAACCUGUAAAUCAUUGUAGGUCUGUGGUGUGGUUUCAAAUUAAGGAAGAACCAUGGCCUUCUGGGCUUAGUCUAUUUUCUAGUCAUCUGUCAGCAUUCUCACAAGCAGAAGUGGUAGGAUGUCUGGGAAGGAUGGACCAGGGCUGAUUCAUGGUGGAGUGGAUUGUCUUUGGUGAGACUACCUUACCUGUGUUGGUGUCAAAGAGGAAGUAGGGGAAAUUGUGUCUUCCAGAGCAUCUUCCCUCUCAUAUUCCAUGGAAAAGAUCAGUUGCAUCAACCCUCCUAUUGCCUGCAGCAAACCUGAAAGACCUGAAUUGUGGUAUCCUUACCCACCUUCAGUAGUACCUCCCCAAAAUGUGUGGGAAAUACUAAGUCAUAGGAAUGUGUGGGAAAUGCUAAGCUUCUCCAGCUGGGUUCAGGAGGUCACCAUAUAGCAAAGAAACCUCUUUGUAUUGACUGUGUUUGGACAGUUUCUACAUGUCAAAAUAUCAUCAAAACUGACCUUUAGAGAAAUAACAUUGAUUCAUUAUUGCUAGCUCUCUCUACAGAGUGGGUAUGUAGCCUCUUAAUCAUAAUUAUUGUUCAGAGGAUAAUUCAUCUGAUAGCAGUAUUUAAUUAGAUUAUCUGAAAUAGACUGUGUAAGUGAUUUUGGCCUCCCAGAGUUUGAAAUUGCAACUCUACAAAAUGAUUUCCAAAAGGCCUAUUUGGUAAUAGCACUGCUGACACAAAGGUCAUGCCUCAGCUGUCCUACUGACAAGCAUCAUCUUGGCAUGUUAACUGGAGAUGGUGUUGGGAGUAUCUGGGAAAGGGAUUUUAGCUCAGAUCCAGUAUAUGCAGUGAGGCUCUUAAUUCCCCCUGAGCUAAAUAGGUGCUUAAAUGGCUUUGUGGAGUUUUGAUAUGAUUUUGUCUUACCUGUAGAAUAAAAAAGCGGUGUUGUGUCUUAGAUAAACUGAUACAGAUGGAUGUGGAAAGGGCUGUAUUUCAGGAUGGAGCAUGGUUCUAGUAUCCAUUUGGUGCAACAGUUGAAGUGUCUCAGCUGUGCUGUCUGGAACAGAUUAUGAUUCUAGGAGGAAAGUUGCUGAAUACAUGUUCAAAUAUGUCUAGACCACGUGAGGAAUGGGCAAGAUACAGCAAAGUUUCUAUGUCACGAGCCGGAUUGAUGAGUACAUUGAUGCUAUGGCAUAUCCUUCUCUCAAAUCCUUUCUGAGCAAGGUUAAAAGAAGCAGAGCAAAAGUUUGGAUUUCUUUCUGGCCUGGAGUUGAUGGUGAUGGAGGGUAGGGCUGAUAUCUAACUUGCAUACUGGGCAAGAGCUCAGGGCAGCAUUCUCCUUAGGAAGCAAGACAUGAAACUUAAGUGGCAGCACCUUCAGAUUGAUCUGUAGCUGUUUCUUCUAUUGUUUCCUUUGAGGUAUCUACCACAUUUAUCUCACCUCUCUGAUUUGAAGCUCUUCUCAGAACCCCUUCUGAAUGGUGAUGUGGUGAUUUGAAGUUUCUUGUUCAGCAUGCAGCAGUGGGCACAUCUCAUUGUCUUCAUUAUGCAAGUCAUCCAAAUGGACAGCUCACAGCUGAGCUGUGGAGGACAGCUCACAGCUCUUUAUGAUUGAGGCUACCAAAACCUUGCCAAAUUCUUCUGAUUGCUCUAACUGUUGUUUCUGCAAAAAACAUAUAUAUGAGAUCCUUUUAGCAAUGCAGUCAGUUGGGUUUUUUAUCUUCACUGUACAUUCCUUUAAAAUUCCUCAGCAUUUAAGCUCCUGUUGCUCUGUAGUGACUUAUAUUUCAUGUGACUUCUCUUUGAAAAAUUCGUUACUGACACAUAUGUUUUCCAGGAAAGAUGGGUGUCAUAUUGCUCCUUUUUAGCAAAGCUUCUCAAUUCCCAACAUGGAGAGACAUUGCAGUCAGAAGCAGCAGUAGGAAAUUCCUCUUUAUCGUUGAUACAGCGCCCUUUUUAUUCCCUUGGGAAGAUUAGUAGAGCAGAGUCUGUUAUGGUCAUCAUUGACCAACACAACAGAUAUGCUCAACACAACUUAAUGAUCUUCUCAUGGCAAUUUACCUCCUUUUCAACUGUUCAGCUGCAUUCACAUUGUGGCAUCUACUUUCUGUAUAAAUUCUUAGGGCAGGAAUAUUAUUCAGAUGUAGGAGGAGAUGUGUAAUACCCACAUAACAAAAGAGGGAUCCCAGUGUCCAGGUUACAAGGGGUUUAAGAUUCUGUUAAUCUAAGAGUUGGCUUUAUUAGUUUCCUGGGUACCGCUUGGAGCACUGUUGUUUUGGACUUCAACAAAUUUGGUUAAUCCACACAGUUAUUUUUGGUAUAAGUACUGUUGGGUUGAUUUUGCCUGAAAAAAGGCAAAAGAGUCCUGUCUACUACUAACAUUUUGACAACUAAGAAAUAAGCAGAAAUUACGAGGCAAUGGAUCAUUCCUCAGAAUGCAAACCUAAUCUGUCCUUUUUUUACAAAAUGUAAAUUUCCUAAAAUAUGCCAUACAACCAAUAAUCCAUCUGUUUCUUUUAUUUGCAAGGUCAGGAGUGAACUGUGGAAGAAAAAAAUGUUUUAUUUUUCCUCUUCCCUUGACUUGUUAAGAUUUGUGUGGCUGUUUGUUGCCACUGAGGAGUAUGGACUAAAACUUUUGAUCCUGGUGAUAUGAAGGCAAAGGAGAUGAUUUGGAGCUGGAUAGGUCAAUGGGGAAAUGGGAGGGGGGCUUAAGAGUUGUUUCCAGUAGGCCAAAAGAAUGUGGAUACUGUCUCUUCAAGGUGCAAUUACUUACUUCAACAAACUGUUCAUCUAUGAGAAACAGGGAUAAAAGUGUUCAAUUUGGGACCUAAGGAGUUUAUAUGGAAAUUCUUGGAUUUCUUCCAAACACACAUACAUGUUGAAAUUAAAUUGUGAAUCCUACUUUGGAGACUGAGCCUUCCUGCUCAGACAGAAGUGUGCGUGUAUGUGUGUGUUUGUGAGUGUGUGUUGAUGCUAUGUCUCUUUUGGAUCUCUUGACACUUUUUGGUGCAUUUUUGUACUUCUUUGAAUGUGCAUAUGCGGACUUACCGACGGUGUAUUGACGGCAUUCUAAAGGCCCUCAACAGCCUGAGAUAGAGCAAAACUCUCUAAAUUUCUACCCUGGUUGAUAUAUUUUCUGUGCAGCACACAGAGCCUUAGGAGCAUGGUCAUCUAGAAAGAGGAGCUGCUUGGCUGUGGAGACUGCACUGGGAAUUUACCUCCUGGAAACUGUUUCCUCUGCUCAUUUCAGACCUCUAACUUCAACAUAGUUGUUGAGCUGGUCCUAGCAAAGGAGAAAGAGCAGGUCAUAAGUAUCAAGAUGUGAUUUAUUAAACCAGUGAUAACUUGAUUACAAUGAACCAAAUUAAAGACUCUUGUGUUUUCGUUUCUUUUUCUGGCCUUCUCCGGUAUGGGAGAGGAUGCCUUCACAUAUGGCCUUAGAAUGCCGUACUGGAGUCAGAAUGCAACAACAGUCAAAUGAAAAUAAGAUGUAUUGCAGCUUACUUAAAGAAUGAAAACUGUAUCACACAAAUGUUUACAAGUCCAAGUAGACAGCGAACCCCUGUACAAUAUGUAAUUUAUGCAAGGGAUUGCAUCUUUCUUUUGUAAUGAAUGCACUACGCAACCCUGUAUAUAUUUUACAAUGUCUUUACAGAGAAAAAAAAAA